AUAUUUGCAGUGACGGGUUUUGUGGACGAUUUGUCAAAGCAGAAGAAGGUUCUCUAUAUUGGGUCUUGGUGAUUUUUGAUUUCAGUCUAUAUAAUCUCUGUUCAACGAGCAAAUAUAGCUAGCUCUACCGGCAGAGCUAAUUAGCUGAGAGAGAGAGAGAGCGAUGGGAAGGGAGAGAGAGAGUUUUGUGUGUCAAGGAGAAGAAAUGCCUUAAAUGCGAGUUGGUUGAUGUGGUUUUCUUUUGUUUAUCUUAAGGGCUAAGCAUACCUAUCCUUCUUCCUCUUGCUUGGGUUCUUCCUCUUUAUAUAUAUAUAUAAAGGGUUUAAAUUCAUAUGCUUUAAACAUCACCACCAACAUCUGAGCUAUAACCCAAAAUCCCUUUUAAAACUCUGCAAUUUCUGACCACCCAGCUAUGGAUUUUAUAGCGCACCCAUCUCGUUUCUCGUCCUCCUUUUCCUAUUCCUUUGGAAAUAUCUUCGAGAGGGUUAAAGAUUUUUGCAACUUUGCGGUUUCUGCGAUUAUUGGGAACGUUUUCUCUGCGAUCUUCACCUUCUUCUUUGCUUUGGUGGGCACCUUGUUGGGAGCUAUGACCGGAGCUUUGAUAGGACAAGAAACCGAGAGCGGAUUUGUUAGGGGUGCUGCUGUUGGAGCAAUCUCAGGAGCUGUUUUCUCCAUUGAAGUGUUUGAAUCAUCCCUUAUUCUAUGGCAAUCAGAUGAAUCCGGAAUUGGGUGUCUUCUCUACUUGAUUGAUGUCAUUGCGAGUCUCCUAAGUGGUAGAUUAGUCCGCGAGCGAAUCGGUCCAGCCAUGUUGAGUGCAGUGCAAAGUCAGAUGGUUGCUGUUGAAUCAAGCUUUGAAGAGAUUCCUAACAUCUUUGACACCGGUGGGGCCAAAGGAUUGCCCGGAGAUUCAGUUGAAAAGAUCCCAAAGAUAAUCAUCACUGGCAACAAUAAUGUGGAUGCUUCUGGAGAUAAAGUCUCAUGUUCAGUUUGCCUUCAGGACUUUCAGCUUGGAGAGACAGUCAGAAGUUUACCACAAUGCCAUCACAUGUUUCACCUGCCAUGUAUAGAUAAGUGGCUCCUGAGGCAUGGCUCUUGCCCACUUUGCAGAAGGGAUCUGUGAUGAUGUCCUGUAAAUUAAACGAAAUGAGUAAAGUUCUUUCAUUGAUUAUACAAAUUUUGUACCACUUUUCGUCUAUAUUGUUGUUUCACCAGGCUGCUCCGGUAGUGUUCUUCAUGCUACAUUGUGAGUUCAUGUAUAAAAGUUUUGAUUAUGAUAGUUUUUACUGCACAGAAAGCCCUUCUUUCCUAGUACCCUUGUACGUAUUUAUACUGGAAACAUUAUUGGUACGGUUGUGAGGGCAUUUAUAUUUCAAUCUAGAUAGUGUUAUCAUAAUGGCA